UUUUAGUAAAAGAUAUUCGCUCAUUAAUUUUUCUGAUUUAGUGCAUAAAUUAUCAUACAAUAGUUCUAUGGUUACUAUGGAUCUUAUUUUCACAAGAACAAAUUUGGAUCGGACGCAGUGCAAAACUGCUCUUAGUAUCGGGUGAAGCCAGCCCUGCCCGGCCCCUCCCUGGAUCCGCGCAUGAGAAAUAGUAUACCUGUUUAGACAAAUUUAGACAAAUGUACAUAACAUUCCAUUCCGCACUGAAUGUGUUAAAGUUAGCAUGUAAUAUUAUUUCAGUUGUGGUAAUUUUACUAAUGUGAUUUAAUAUGAAAUACUUGAAGUUAAAGGUAUACCUCAAAAUGACACUAUCAAAUUAGGCAUGGAAAAUAAUAAUUUACUAACUCUUCUUGCUUUUUAGUACUAGGUAUAUAAUAUUAAGCUAAUGUCUUAGUACUAUGUUAUGGAGGGGAGGACACACUACAGAUCAGAAUCUAUAUAAUGCAGGAUAAAUAUUCAUGUGCAUUGUAUAGCGUUCUCAAAGAUCGGCAACGCAUAAGUGGCUCCCCUGAUGUUGCUUAUGUCCAUGGGCAGCAAUGACCACUUCCCAUCAGGUGGCUUGUCUGCUCGUUUUCUACCUAUAUCAUGAAAAAUGAAUGCACAUUUUUUACAAUUAUCACCAAUUUAUCAAUUUUCACAAUUUAUAAGGAAUAUGUCAUUGUGCCCAGUUUGUUGUGGUUAUCACUAGUAUCAUUAAACAUUAAGGUUUUAAUAUAUCUGAUGCUUACAAUAUCCUGAAGUAAAGUUUUUGUUUUAGAUUGUUGAUAAAAGUGGCUCAUUACGAUGGUUCCUUGUCGCCAGUUGUUUAUGUGGUCAGUCCCAUCUAUAGCAGUGCUGUUUGGGAUUUUUUGGUUACGAAAAAAGAGGGAAUUUGCCAAAUCUGACCCAGGUGGAAGAGAAAGGAUAAAGAGUUUGCAGGAGGAACUAGCAGAAGCCUUGAAAGCUGAAAUUGAAGCUCAGAGAGCAUCUCCACUGGGUAGAGCUGAACGCUCCAUUAUUAAAUCUGCACCUAUUGACAUUCUACCUCAAGGCAGCAGCUCUCAGAGGUCCUCGCCACUAGAACUUACUGAUGAAGAAAUUGACAUGGAGAUUGAAAAGAUAAUAAGGAAGAAGUCUCUAGAAAAAGAAAAGAAAUCUUCAUUUGUUGGCAGCCAAACUUUAUCAGUUAGCACUAAGCAGGCCUCAUUUAUUGUAAAGGAGUCACCACCAAAACAGAUUUCCAUGCUUCAAUCCGAUAUGGCAUGUAUUAAAAGUGAACUUGAUAAUUUGUCACUAAAAUCUGCUAAUGGCACAAGUGUGGAAGACUACAAUGAAAUGUCUGAGUCAAUAGAAACAUCUCAGUCAUCUAGUGUGAAGCAGGAGUCAGCUUUUUCAGAUGUGAAGAUAGUAGAGGAGAGCACGAAAGCUGAUACAGAAGACACACAUGCUAAUAAUUUAGAUAAUCAAUCUAGUAAUAGUAGUGACAAUGGUAAUAAUAGGUUCUCAACAGCACCAGCCAGACGCAUUUCUGAAAGAGAUUCUGCAAACCAUAGUCCUGUUGAUCCUAUGUUAGCUAGUCCUUCAAUGUGUCACUUCUCAGAUAACCAUAGUGAGGGCUCAAGUGACAGUGGAAAAGGUUGUUCAGAAGCAGCCAGCCCUCCACCCACUGGCAUGAACAUUGUGCCCACUGAGGCUGGUCUUAGAAUACACCAAUUUGUAAUUUCACAGACCCUGGUUGGUCUUUUAAUAGGAAAACAGGGUUCCUUUGUAACCCAAAUUAAAGCUAAAACAGGCGCAAGCGUGUACGUCAGGAGGCAUCCGGAUUCUGUGAAACAGAAAAUUUGUGCAGUUGAAGGAACACAAAGUGAAAUUGAAGCAGCAUUAGAAAUGAUCAAGGAAAAAUUCCCUGAAAAAAGGUUUCCAAACUUUUCCUUACAAGAAAUUAGUGCAGAAUUGUAUCAAAGACUUGUACCACUUGUACCAGAGUUCCUUCAGUUGCAGCUCGUGGAGUCGGUGAACAACGACACGAUCAUGACGUGCUUGGUGAGCGCGGGCCACUUCUUCCUGCAGCAGCCGCUGCACCCCACCUUCCCCUCGCUGCACGCGCUGCACCGCCUCAUGGCGGCCACCUACCAGAAUCCGGAUGUGCCCGCGUUGCCACGCCCUGUGAAAGAAGGCUCCAUCUGCGCGGCGCCCACAGAGAACAACUGGUACCGCGCCCAAGUGAUCUCAACGUCGGAAGAGCAGGACACCUCCAUCGUGAAGCUGGUCGACUUCGGCGGCUACCUCACCGUCGACAACGACCAGCUCAAGCAGAUCCGCUCCGACUUCAUGACUCUGCCCUUCCAGGCCACCGAGGCUCUGCUGGCGUUCGUCAAGCCAGCGAAUAAUGAGCCGGAGUGGAGCAGCGAGGCGCUGCGCAUCAUGGCGGGGCUGACGGCGGGGCAGCUGCUGCACGCGCAGGUGGCGGGCUACGACGAGGCCGGCCUGCCGCUCGUGCACCUCUACCUCACCCUCCAUCCACAGCAAGUGAUAUUCCUGAACAGAGAGCUGGUGGACCGCGGGCUGGCGGAGUGGGAGGUGCCGGCGGACUCGUGAGCGCGGACGCAGCUCGCGCUCGCGGCCGCCGCCGACAGAACUGAGGGAUUGCAUUUCACUCGACGUGUUAUCGCGUGCUCGGACCGCUCCGGGCACCGCCUAAUGUAGUUAAGCAAACGCGGUCUCGCAAUUUUAUUUGCGUACUUUUAGUCUAUGACUCGGCACUUGGAGCUCUUCAAUAAACAUCGUUAUUUCGAUACCCUUUGCUUAUAUGUAUCUGUUUGAACACAAAACUUAUCUCUGAUUUUAGCUUAUUUAUGUAUGAGUAGUAAAUUAAAACGACGAUGAGAACGUAGCAUAGUGACCGUCUGAUGACGAUAUAUUAAUAUAAUGACGCUCUAUAUCGCUUCUAACUUACUAUUGAUGCAGUGAUAUGUCUAAGCUCCCGCGACCGGUAUACUAGAUUACAAUACGCUUAUGGAUAAACUGUAGUCUUUGUAACUGCAUCUAAAUCGUGUCUGUUAUUUAUAAGUUUAUGUUGUAUGUCAGAUACUCACGUUUACACGACGGAAAUGACGUGGUGAGAUUUUAAAUAAGAGUUUCAGGAUGCUCAUUAUAUUACUAACAUACUGCCGACUGCAUUUUUUUUUCUUAAAAUUUUCUAAGUGUUACACCUGCAGUGGUUUUAUUAGCAAUAACCAUUAACCAAUUGGAUUAUUGGGAAUUAAUUUCAUUUUCUUCACUGUUUCAUUAGU